AUGGGAAGCAGCGGUGGUGCUGGUAUUGGCUCUCUUAUCAACCAAACCCUUUUUAAUGAAAUCCUUAAACAUCGAAAUGAGUUCUACACCUACGAUGCUUUCAUUGCUGCCGCUAAGUCUUUCCCCCGCUUUGGAAUGACCGGCGAUGAUCACAUAUGUAAGAAGGAGAUCGCUGCUUUUUUAGCUCAAACUUCCCAUGAAACUACAGGGGGAUGGUCCGAAGGACCUGAUGGCCGAUACACUUGGGGAUAUCGCUUUAUCGAGGAGCAAGGCGAUCGUGUUGGUCCAUACGAAUGGCCUAAUAAUGCUCAGUGGCCGUGUGCUGCCGGUAAAAGGUACUACGGGCGUGGACCCAUCCAACUUUCUCACAACUACAACUAUGGCCAAGCAGGAAGAGCUUUAGGGGUGGACCUCCUCAACAAUCCUGACCUUGUUGCUACUGACCCAAUCAUUUCAUUCAGGACAGCAUCGUGGUAUUGGAUGACACCCCAACCUCCGAAACCGUCAUGCCAUGAUGUUAUUACCGGCAAAUGGACACCAACCAAUGCCGACAGAGCUGAGGGCCGUCUCCCCGGCUAUGGAGUCAUUACUAAUAUAAUCAAUGGAGGACUUGAAUGUGGGAAGGGUAAUGAUGCCAAUGUGGUUGAUCGUAUAGGAUUUUUUGAGAGGUACUGUAAGAUAUUGAAAGUUAGUUGUGGUGACAACCUUGACUGCCGCAACCAAAAGUCUUUUGGGUGA